GAAAUUUUUCAAUACACCAAACAUUUUCCAAGUAACAAAUGCUUGAUUGGGCACAUUGUUGAGGCAGGCGAAAAGCAUAAUUUCGAAGACUUUUUUCGGAUCACACGGACAGCAUAACAUGGCAUUAUACGUGUUCGACUGAAAGUCUCGCCAAAUGUUUGCACCUUAAACUACUCAAAAUCGAGCACUUACGAUUUCACGAUCUAAUAAUUCUCGGUUUGGAAGUGUGUAAAGAGGUAGCGAUGUGGUGGCGCGUAACUUCACUAUCUCAUCUGGUUGCUUCAUCGAAGCCAUUCCUUCUCAAUCAGAUGCGAGCAGCGUAUGGACUGAAGAUUUGGCAAGCUUUUAGUACCGAAAUUUUUAAACCGGCAGAAGGUAGACUUUCCAAUCCAGGAAGAACCCACCAAUUCAUAACUUUUGUCUUGGGUGGUCCUGGAAGUGGAAAAGGUACUCAGUGUACAAGGAUUGUUGAAACCUUUGGUUUUACCCACUUAAGUGCUGGAGAUUUGUUAAGGAAGGAAAUUACUUCUAAUAGUGAAAAUGGUGCCAUGAUUCUCAACACGAUCAAGGAAGGAAAAAUUGUUCCUUCAGAAGUGACUGUAAAACUAAUCGGAAAGGCAAUCAAAUCAAGUGAAAAUGAUAGAUUUCUUAUUGAUGGUUUCCCACGAAGUGAAGAGAAUCGUGUGGCAUAUGAACGAGUUGUUGGCACUGAACCAGAUUUUGUGCUUUUCUUUGAUUGCCCUGAAGAAGAAAUGGUGAAACGAGUGCUAAACCGUAAUCAGGGACGAGUUGAUGAUAAUAUUUUUACAGUCAAGGAACGUCUAAAGGUUUUUACGGCAUUGAAUCUUCCUGUGAUCAAAUACUACUCUGAGAAAGGCAAACUUUACAAGAUUGAUGCUACUGGAACAGAAGACGAAAUAUUUGAGCGAGUCCGCCCAGUUUUUGCUGCAUUGAGGGCAAAAAAUUGAAGCAACGAUCUCCAGAGCCAAGCAAUAAAAUGAAAAGUAAAUUGAAGAGUUGAGGAACUAUACCGAACCAUUGGAAGAUCCUCCUUUCUGCUAUAUCCCUUUUUUGGGACAGCAGAGCCACCGGUGAUUUUUUCCAAGUCGGGGAUCUGGUGACACGCUAACUCUCACCAACCUGCAGGUUAACGAAACUUGUUUUUCCCACCUUUUUUUUUCUACUUUUCCUUUCUUUCAAACGGAUAUGGAUGGAACCCUUACAAAAUGCAAUGAAUUUUCUUCAUCUCUUUGCUGGAAGUGGCGUGAAAUGCUAUAAUGAGAUUCUUAUAAUGUGUUUGAAAAGUAAAUGUGGAUUGAAAAAGGUUCGGAAUAGACUUAUCAAAUGAUUCUGCAAUUUUAAGAGAUGUUUAUUGUUGAGAGGAUUUUUGUAUUUGUAGAAUAGAUACACAUUCCCAGGUUCCGAUCCAUGGAAUUUUCUCAUCCUCUUUUUACUCAAUAUGAUGGUAGAAAAAUGGACA